UAAACUAAUAAUCAACACAUCACUUUUCUUUUUCUUUUUAUAACCGCAAAUUAUGACAUGUCAACAUAAUAAUAAAACUCUCCUUUGGUGAUUAAUCCUAGACAAAAAAUCUAUCGUCAAGGUUUUAGUUAAGUUAUUAACAAUAAAUCAUCACACAAAUUAAUGUCUAUAUAAUGAGUACACCGGUGCUCGUUAUACAAUUGUAAAUACAGGCAAUUUGGAUUUAUCAUUAUUUUUGUUGUAAGAUCAGAUGGAGCACAAUUUUUGGAUAAAAUAUGUUUUUAUUUCGUAACUUUAAUUAAUUGUGACUCUCUUUUCAUGUGCGUGUGUUUCAACUGGAAUGAACGCUUGUGAUAAUGUAUUUUUUGGCGGUCACCGUGUUCUUUACUUUAACAUUUGUACAAUCAGCUCCGCCAAAAACGACAUCAAAAACAACGUUUUGGGAUAUUCCGUCGGGGCAUUGUGAGCCAAUAUGUACAUGUCAGAUGAACGGUCUUUACUACAGUGAAGGGGAACAAUGGGCAAAGCCCGAGGACCCGUGCACAAUCUACAAAUGCUUCAAAAAUGGCUUUUACGAAGCCGUGCAGAAAGGCUGCUGGUAUAAGAAGCAAUGUCACGUGGUUAAUAGCACGUGGUCCGAGGGGUGCAACACAUUCACGUGUACAGAGAAUGCUGAUCUAGCAUUUUACAAAUUAACGGAAGCUGGCUGUCCGUUACCAACUGGCGGUUGUCUGACGGUUGGCGCGAGAUGGGAAUCCGGAUGUGACGUCAUGGAAUGUCAGAUAGAAGGCGAGUGCCUGAAGAUAAAAACUGUGCGAACAGGAUGUGCCGUGCAAGGAGCGUGUAAGAGGAUAGACAGCUACUGGCAUGACGGUUGCACGGUGUUUAUGUGUGCAAAUGAAAACCAAAGCGCUGUAACACGAACUUUAGCAAAUGAACCGAUGCAAUGGCCUGAUGGAAGUUAUGCGGUGCUCAAACCUCAGACCGGUUGCCCUAGUGACGUCCCCUCGGUAUGGUCAGAGGGGUCAAGGAAACAUUAUGGCGCUGGUCGAAACUUGUUCUCGAAAGUUCUCUCAUUGGCCGGAAACUACACGGAAGAAUUCAUGCAACACGAUUUCUGCAACCAUGGAAUGGUAACCAAUAAUGAAAUCUUACCUAGAUACAAAACCUACUGGGAACCUGGCAGUUAUUGUAUUUUCCGGAGAAAUGGAACUUGUCCCAGAGGUUUCUCGGACGGUUAUGUUUCAUUUGAUGACAACCAGGGCAAAGCAAAAUCAGUUAGCUUAGGCGAUCUCCCCGACGGCGACUUUACAACAAAGACCGGUUUAUAUUUCUGCUGCCGUAAAGAUGGAAGUGUGCUUACAGAAAUCAUUCUACCUAAGGACGAGAACUUCGUGUUAUUUAUGGAGAAUGGUGAAACAGAAUGCCAAACGGUUCGAGGAAUGACACAUUCGGUAGAAUACGUAACCUUUGAUGGAUUACCAUCCGCUAAACAUGAAAUGAGGGGACUGACACCUUCUGUGAAAAUUAUCAAUGGUGACAUCACACUCAAUUUCUGUCACUAUAAGACCAUGGAAUGUGGAUGUUCAGAUCCGAGUGGGGAGUUUAUAGCAGUGAAUACAGAGAAGGAAAUUAAUUGUGUCAUAAAGAAAUGUGUCUCGGAAAUGGGCAUGAACGUGCUGCAGAUCGUCUCUGGGGGAUGUCCCGUGAACGGAAAAUGUCAGGCUGAAGGAUCAAAAUGGACUAUUAACCACGGAGAAACGUGCAGAAGUCAAACCUGCGAGAAGGUCGUUACAGGAACAGAUGUAACUUAUGAAAUUAAAGAUGGAAGCCAAGGUUGUAGAGAUGGGGAUGUGUGUAAGAAAGUUGGCGAAGAGAUUUACAGGGGCUGCUACACAAGUAGAUGUACUAUGGACUCAGCGUCAAAUGCCACUAUAUUCAAGGUCAUAAAAGCAGAUUGUCCUUGGUUAGAUUCAUGCAAGAAGCCGAACACAACAUGGGAACAUAAUUGUUUAACUUACCGGUGUGACAUGAGUGUAGAAGGCGGCCAUUACCAGUGGAAUGUUCAGCCGAUUGAAUAUGGAUGCAACGAUGGUAAUGGAAAAUGCUACGGUGUCGGAGAGAAUGUCACAGGGCGGUGCUUCGACGCGGUGUGUCGGCUCAGCGAAAAUAAGACGGUUGUUUUUCUUGAUGUGACAAAAGGAGGGUGCACAUGGAAAGAUGGUUGUAAGGCCGUAAAUGCUACUUGGAAAGAUGGAUGUCAUUCUUUCAAAUGUGAAUGGAUUGAUACGGAUAACGGUUUUACUGCAAUAGUGAAUGCAACCAGUGUUUCAUGUCAAUGGAAUAACACGUGUUACAAACAAGAUGAUGUUUGGUCAGACGGAUGUAUAGAUUACAAAUGUAUAGUGACUAGGCAAGCUGAGAAAGUAAACUGGAGCGUACAAACUGUGCGUCUCGGUUGCAGUAGUAUUAGAGGUAACAGCUGUAUAGAAGUUGGAAAGGAAAUCACAGAGAAUUGCGUCACAUAUAAAUGCAACGUCAAAGGUGACGAAAUAGGUUUGGAUCCGGUAACAGUAGGAUGUUAUUGGAAUGAUACAUGUUACAAUGAAAAUGAAACCUGGAAUGAUACAGCAAGAUGUAUAGAAUACCAGUGUCGGAAGGAGGUAGGGAGUAACAGCAAAGGUGGACAAAGUGCAGCGGCCAUGCAGGUGUUGACUAUUGGAUACGGUUGUAUAUUUAAUCAGACUUGUAUGGCGGUAAAUAGCACGUGGUCAGACGGAUGUAGAACUAGGAAAUGUGUGGUAUAUAAAAGAAAUAAAAUGAUUCAUAGAAGUAUAGCUCCGGUAGCGGCAGGUUGUGAUGAUGAAGGUAUAUGUAGAAAUGUAGGAUAUCAGAAGGUCACACCCUCGUGCAUGUUUUACGAAUGUAUUUUCAACGACACAUAUAAGGACUCGUUCUUCUCUCUCAUCAAAGGAUCAUGCCGAUCAGAUGAUGGCACAUGUUAUGAUGUUGGAAAAACAUGGACAGAAAAACAGAAGAAUUCAUGCCUUGUUUAUAAAUGCAAGAAAGAAAAACUGGGAUACCUGUCCAAAAUGAUUGAACAAC